ACAAUGUUGAGUUUAUAUCUAUUGUUUUUGGGUUUUGGUAAAUCUAACUCAGGUUUACUUCCUUCAACAAUUUCUGCAGCAAACGCAACAACGAAGGAAUUUUUUGGAGAGACCAGGCGAAUCAUCAAAGGACGUGAAGUUUUUGACACCAGGCCAUACAUGGUGUACUUGCGGCCAACGCAAACCCACAGCAACUUGAUAGACCAAAAUUGGCUAUGCGGCGGAGUUAUCAUUCAUGAAAGUUAUAUACUCACCUCCGCAGCGUGCAUCGAAGAUAUCAAACAUUUUUGGGUGGUCUCCGGGACGCACAAGUGGUUGCCACAGUCCCGGACAAAUACGUGUAUCAAUAACGGUGCCUUACGAGCGGUUUGGAAAUGUGUUCAUAGAUCAUACCGAUUCGACGGUAACGUCUUCAACAACAUACGUUGGAUGGUGAACGACAUAGCGGUCGUAAUGACUGAAGGCCCUAUAUCCUUUCAUAAGAGGGUGAAAGGCUGUGACUUCAUUCCGCAGAAGAUCAAAUACAACAACAUAUCUCAACAAUAUGAAGAGCCGGGAACCAAAGGUUUCAUCGCUGGAUGGGGUUCUCAAGAUCGAUAUACUGACGCUGCAGACAUAUUGGCCCGAACCAGCGUUAACUCCCCCUCACUGCUGGAAGCGGAGACUGUUAUAAUCACCAAAGACACCUGCAAGCACCGCUGGAUGGCGCGCUACCACUCAAUCAUCGACAACUACAUGAUCUGUGGGAAGCAGGCCCGUAGCCAACAAUUGACCGACACUUGUAAACAUAAUCACGUAAAGUGCAGACAGCUGAUAUUCUCAGAGGAGGUGGGACCAAUAGUCAGAAUGUUCGAGGGGAACCCUGAUGAGUUAAUACUGAACUCCGCAGCAGAAGUCAGGAAGAGAGAGCAGGCUAAAAAGGAAACGAGACGGAUGAGCACACGCUCGGAAUAUGGAGGAUUUUGCGAGGUAUGA